UCCUGGGAUGUGAUAUUUGGCCGGGCCCGUCCCUCCUGCUUCCCCGGAGCCCCCCAGCAUGCAGGCCCCUCUGCUGCUCCUCUGCCUGGGGCUGGUCCGCUCCCUCUCCCUGCAGCCCCCCGAUGAGUUGCUCUGGGAUGGGGUCUCUCUCUUCUCCCGGGGACAGUGGUCGGAGGCCCGGGAUAAACUUUGGGGGGCGCUGCGGAGCCUCCAGGAGGUGCGGGGCGUCCGGCUGAGAUGCGGGGAUCAAUGUGGGCUCCAAGGGGCCCAACUGGAGGAGGCGGUGAUGGAAAGGGCCGAGUGUCUGCUGAGCUGCGAGCGUCUGCAGAUGGGGGAGCCCUCCCGGUACCGGCUGACCCAGGACACGGAGAAGACCUUCCACAAGGGGGCGCCCUACAACUACCUGCAAGUGGCCCACUACAGGCUGGAGGAAUUGGAUGAAGCGGCUGCAACUGCGUACACUUUCUAUAUGAGGAACCCCCAUCAUGAGCAGAUUCAGGGUGAUGUGACCCGCUAUCACACCAUGAAAGGGAUUAAACAGCAGAGCUUCCGGGACCUGGAGGAGCCACCAUACAAGGCAUUGUAUGACCAAGCAACAUCUCUACUAUCUCAAGAGAGGACUACCACCGCAGUCUUGAGGCUGGAGGAGUCGCUGAGCUCCUUUCUGUCCACACUCCACGAUUGCCGGACCCUCUGUGAGGGAACACGGGAGCGUGAGAAUGAAACCCACCGUGACUUCUCCGAGGUCAUUGCAGAAUACUACACCCAGGUCUUGCAGUGUAAGCAGCAGUGCAUCCUAGGGGUAUCAUUGACUCCAGGACAGAAGAGCUCACAGCAAGAUGUCCUCAUUGCUCAUCUGCAGUUGCUUCAGCAGGGAUACGCUCAACUUGGAGACUGGGAGUCCGCCGCACGGAUCGCGCGGUCACUACUACUUUUCCAACCGAACAAUGAGACGGUUCUAGAAAGUCUACGCGGAUAUGAACAGAAAGUGCAAAGCAAAAGUGAGAUCAGACCACGAGAGAAUAUCGCUUCAUACGUGCGCCAGGCGUUGUCGGAGAAGAAGUUGCUGUACUACGUCAUGGAGAACCUGGGCAUCGAUUUCCAAGAUCCGGAUCUUUGGACCCCAGAGGAAAUUAUUCCAGAGAGUCUCCGAGAACGAAUCAAGGCUGAGACAGUAGCUGCAGAGGAGGCCGGCGGACAGCUUCCCUACGAGGAGGUGACGGUCACUCUGACUCCAAAGCAAAUGAACGGGACAUCAAGAGUCACCCUGGAUGGCGUCCUCACUGACGAGGAGUGCGAGGCCUUACUCGGGCUUGUGCAGGAAGCUGAAGCCUCUGGUGAAGCUUUGAAGAGAAGACGAUCGCCUCACACGUCUCACGAGCGCAUCCAGGGCCUGACCGUCCUGCAAGCCCUUCAGAUGGUCUCAUCAGGAUCGGUGGACCAAAACCGCGCUCAUUUUCUGUAUCACGCCACGGAGCGCGCUCGGAUUCUCACCCGGUCUUACUUUGAGACCAAGAUGCUACAUUUCUCGUAUUCUCAGCUCGUCUGCCGGUCGGCCAUUGAGGGAGAACAGGAGGGGCGCUCCGACCUCAGUCAUCCCGUUCAUGCAGACAACUGUAUCCUGGACUCUGAGGAGAAGGAGUGCUGGCGAGAGCCCCCUGCGUACGUCCACAGAGACUAUAGUGGGAUGCUUUAUCUAAAUGACGACUUCCUGGGGGGCGACCUCUUCUUCACAGAACUGGACGAGACAACGGUCACGGCAGAGGUCCGCCCCCGCUGUGGCCGCUUAGUCCUGUUCAGCUCGGGGGGUGAGAAUGCCCACGGGGUUCGUGCCGUGACACAGGGAAGAAGGUGCGCGAUAACAUUGUGGUUCACGGAAUCGGCAGAACACGCUGAACAGGAGAGGCUUCAAGCGAAAAGCAUAGUGACGGGUGAGGCCAUUAAAACGGAGAAAACGGAAAGCAAGUCCGCCAGGACUGGGAGAGAGAACGCCAGGACGGGGACCUCGGAAAACGAAGGGACCGACAAACCCUCAGGACGGCAGCAGAGGAGAAGAGUCGCCAGGAAAAUCAGAGAUGAACUUUAAUGACUGGGGUGGCAAGGAAGGGGUUAAUGGACUGCUACUCAGGCUAUUUUGGAUUUUGCGGGUCGGGAGGGGUAGGGGGGGGUCAAAAGACUUCCAGUGCAGCGUGGGUUAACAGGUCACUGGCUGCAAACAUUGGUGUAAUGCGGUGGCGCUGCGCUGGUCACAUGACCGGGCUUAAAGGGGUGUUCAAGAAUUAUGUAAAUGGAAGCUUAAUCACUGCCUAGAGUUCUGCAGCUUUCCAAUGUACGUUGUGUUACAGUUUCUCGCCAUAUUCAAGAUCUCUGCUUGCUGUCAGUGAAGGAGACCAUCCUUGUUUACAUUCACAGGCUCAACCUAAAUAGGCAUUUGUUGCAAUUGUAUCUAAUGAUACAUUUUACCUGCACUGAUACAUUGUAACAGCAGAUCAGGACAGGAGAGAGAGAGAUCUGUGCUGCUGAUGUGUUUUGCUCACAAAUGGCCGUUCAGACUGGAUACAAUUGUAACAAACUCUCCACUGUGAGCAGUAUUAAGGGGGUUAUCUGAGUGUUUCAUACUUAUGACUUGUCAUCAAUAUCAGAUCGGUGGGGUGGGGGUCCGACGGCUGGCGACCCCCUCUCCCCUCACCGAUCAGCUGUUUGAGCCGUGGCGCUCCGGUCUCUUUCUAGGCCAGGGAUGUCAGGGUCACUGGUCACAUGACCAAGUGGGCUGCACUACCAAGCACAGCCACUAUACGAUGGACGGCGCUGUGCUUCUUCAAACAUCUGAUCAGUGGCGGUCCUGGAAAACCCCUUUAAGUCCACGCAGGUUUUCUUUUUCAGGACGUAAACAAGAAUCUUUCCAUUUGCUGACAACAAGCAGAGAUCAUGAAAGUGGUGAUAAACUGAAACACAAAGUACAUGAGAAAGCUGCAGAAGCGUUACUAACAAAAAACCAUGAAUUAAGGGCGCACUCCGCCUAGAGUCAGCAGCUUAUAAUGGUCCAGCAGCGUUAUAGGAGGAUGGGAAUCCUCGGCACUGGAGAGAAGCGGCAGGAAGCAGAAGGAGGAUUUUUAAAUUCCUGUUCGAAAUCCCAAUCGAAUGUUUCCAGACAGAACUGGCUGCUACCAGGGAGCAAUUUACUAUCCCUUUAAGUGGGUUACAUGUAUUCCUCCGGCCAGAAGGGCGCCUCCUCGGUACACGAUGGGUUAAUCUCGUGCAGCGUCACUUUGUAUUUUUCUAAUAAAGCCUCCAGUUUGCUCUA